GUUCAAUGCCUGAUGCAAAUCAUCAUCAAUCGAAUCGCGGUCUUAAUGCUAGUCCCUUCUCAUGCAACACGACUGAAAUGGGCCGUCUUCGCCAUUCUACUCGCGGUCAAUAUCAGCGUCUUUUGCAUAUGGAUACCGGCACGGCUCCAGAUUAGUGAAACCUAUGUUCAAAUUAACGAGAUAUGGGAUCGUGUUGAAAAGGGAAUCUUGCUUGUUGUUGAUGCAGGCUUAAACUUGACCUUUGUGUAUCUUGUCAAGUCACGCUUGAUUGCAGGCGGCCUGACAAAGUACACUGUACUGUUCAGAUUCAACCUGGCCAUGAUCGGGAUAUCGAUGUCUCUUGACAUUAUUAUAAUAGGACUCAUGUCCCUACCCAACACGCUGAUGUAA